AUGGCACCCCCCAAGUGCGUCCUCCUCAUGAUCGGGAAAGCCUCACCCAACUGCCGUCUUGGAAACCGGGGACUAGAUCACGUCGUCUACAACCCUGCUUCGGAGGAAGAAAAUGAAGGGUAUGAGUUCCGAUGUGAGAAACAUGUUGGGAGCGAUGAGGCAUGUGAGAAGGAGUGGGUGGAGGAAGAUUUCCGGAAGGCGGGAGGGUUUAUCAAGAGGGCGGGGGAGUGGAAGAGGGGUGAUAGGACGCCUUGUCCGGCUUGUGUUGGGUUGACGAGGCGAAUUGAGGUUGGUGAUAUUUUUACUGCGUUUGGUGAGGUUUGAUGUGGGGAGUUGAUGGAUGUGUGAGUGAGUGAGACGAAAGGAUUUCUUUGAGAAAGAAAGGAAUGAGUGCGAUGAGGAAAGUAAGGGGGAAGAAUCUCGGUUGGGAAGCCGCUAACUUCAAUAAUUAGGACCCUGAAGAAGGCUUUGUGGAAGUUCUACUUUCUCCCGAGGAUAUAGAGAAAGUGGUCGAGAGGCAAAUGCAAACGACACAAGAGAAAGAUGGUAUGACAUCAAGUAUCGUGACGCCUUCAGGGAGAAAGCGGAAAAGUCAUAAAGCAGAGAGAGUCCCAGAGCCAGAGUUCAAGUUACAUACUUUGGAGGGUGAUCAACGAGAAGAAGAUACGGAGUGGCAUAGGGAGCAACGCGCCGAGAGACGGAGAGAAGAAGAGAGGGUUGAGGUUGAGAGGAGAGAACUGGAGUCUGCGGAGAGGAAGAAAGCUAGUAGGAAGAGGCAGAGUAGGAGACGGGAAGAGGGGAGGGAUGCGAGGGAUGUGAAGGAUGGGGAAAUGAGGAGGGUGCGGAGAUCUAGGGUGGAUGCGGAGGGCAAUAGGGAAGCUAGAAGAGACAGACCUCGUGAUCGUGAGCGAGACCCGGAGAAGGUUAGGGAUAGAGAAAGGGACAAAAAUAGGGAAGGUGGCGAUAGGCCGAAGAGGAGGAGGAAGAGAAGGAGGAGAGAACCUACUCCGCCACCAGAGCCGGGAUGCUGUGUUAUUAUGUGAUAUAUUUCGUGGGGAAAUGGCGUUGGCUGGCUGUAUGCUGUAUUUGUUGUACAACGAGCUUUUGGGUCUGAAU